AUGAGUAAUGAAGGUGAAAAGAAGUUAAAGCCAUUUGAGCUUAUACUUCAAAAAGAAUUACUGGAUUUAGACGAAAUUAAUGGCGUUGAAUUAUUUCAAGUUAAUUAUGAAGACUUGAAAGAAAUUGGAGUAUCCAUAACAUCACAAGAUGGGUUUUUUAGAAAUAAAACUGUUAAGUUUAUCAUUAAAUUUAAGGAUACAUAUCCCAUUACCCCACCUAAAAUUUCAUGCCUCACCAAGAUUUUUCAUCCAAAUAUUGAUGAGAAUGGGAAUGUAUGCUUAAAUGUUUUAAAACUCGAUUGGAACCCAAUCAUAAAUUUGCAAAUGCUAAUAUUGGGAUUAGUCCUUUUAUUAAAUGAGCCUUCAACUAAUGACCCUUUUAAUGUAGACGCUGCAAAUGUUUUAAAAAAUGAUAAACAAAAAUUUAUCGAAAUAAAUAAUGCUUUAUUUUAUGAAACAAAUUAA